CCCGCGCCGCCCGCGGCCGCCGAACCGCGCACGCGCCGCGCGUUGCCCGGGAGACGGACGCCGUUAGCGCUCCCUCGCGCGCCCGCCCCGCGCGGAGCCGGAGCCGCAGCAUGGAGCCCACCAUGGGGCCCGCCCAAGCGGCCGCCGACGGGCCCUACAGCUUCUCCAUCCAGCCCCGCUCCCUGCCCCCCCGCCCCAAGUACCGAGAGCAAUCCAAUGCCGCCGAGACGUGAGUGCCGGUGUCCGGCGGGCCGUGCCGCCCGCCCCGGGCCGCUGCCCUGCUGCCUUCCGCGCCUUUCCCCUGAGCCCGGCUCCCUUCCCGAGGAGCGCAGCCCGCGCCGCCUCGCCUUUCUCCCGCCGGCCGGGGGGAAGCCGCAAGUGGCGCUGUCUGUGCUGUGCCGCAGGGAGAAGGUGCGCUACGGCAACAUCAUGAUCGACCCGAGAGUGGUGCGCGGAAACGUUCUGUCCGUCCGUCCUCCCCCACCGCAGAGUACCGAGUCCCUUACCCUUGAGGCUAAAAAGCAGAGGAGAGCACAGAAACACUCAUUGACCAGAAGGCUUACACAAGAGCAAAUUCAGCCAGGAACGCCGGAGCCGGUGGAGGGCAGAGUACAUGUUCACGUGCAGACAGAACUGUAUUUGGAAGAGAUUAGUGAUCGGAUAAUAGAGGUUGAUGUAGAGUGUCAAACAGAUGAAUUUUUGGACAGACCUCCCACUCCACUCUUCAUACCAGCCAAAUCAGGACAAGAUGUGGCCACUCAAAUAGAAAAAGGAGAGUUGUUUGACUUUGAUAUUGAAGUGAAGCCGAUCCUGGAGGUGUUGGUUGGAAAAACAGUUGAGCAGGCUUUGCUGGAAGUCAUGGAAGAAGAGGAGCUGUCCCAGCUGUGGGCACAUCAGCGUGCCUUCGCAGAACUGCGUAAUGCAGAGUUUGCUGAAUUACAGCGCUUGGAAGAGCAGGACAGGCGAAUCAGAGAGGAGAAGGAACGUCGCAGGCUGGAGCACCUGGAAAAGCUGCGGAAACAGAAAGAGACUGCAGAGAAAAUUGCAGCUCGGGCAUUUGCUCAGCGUUACCUGGCUGAUCUCAUUCCCUCAGUUUUCAACAAUCUUCAUGACAGUGGAUUUUUUUAUGACCCUAUAGAAAGAGAUAUUGAGACAGAAUUCCUUCCAUGGCUGAUGUCAGAAGUGGAAGAAGAACUACAGAAGAAGGUUCUGGGAAGGACGAUGCUUGACUCUUUGAUUCGUAUGGUGGUUGAAAAGCGCUUAGAUGAAUUUAGCCAUCCACCUCCACCUGCUCAAACAAGGGCACAUGCUGAAGAGCCCGGGACAACAGAUGCAGAUCCCAAGAUGUCUGGUGAGGAGGAUGCUGCUGACCAACCAGUUGCUGAGAAAGAAGAGACUGACCAACCUGUUGCUGAGGAAGAGCCUUGAGAUUCCACCUCUUCUCUGUUAGAAGAAUAAGGUCAAGAAGGAACAGCAGAUUUGGAAACUGAGUAACAA